UUCGUCGGACAUGUUUUUCACUUGAGAUUUUUUGAUUUUGCUGCCGGUUUCGUUUUCACUGUAAAUUUUGCAAAAGAUAUUACGAUAACAUCAGCAUAGACUUUGUUUCGGUAGAAAAACGCUAGACAGACGAUUCGUUGUACAAACGAAAUUGUGCAAACGUCUGGAUUCGUAUGGACUCGUAGCAGAAAAUAAAGAACAAAUUUCAGAACGAGUUUUCUUUAUCCAACAUGGACGUCCCAACAGACCGCCGUUUAAAUGAUGGCAAUAAUUCGGUGUUGCCAGUGCCUGGAACUGAAAAUUCGAGUGAGUCAAGCAAAAAGCCCAGUUCAUCGUCCAAAGAAUCGUCAUCAAGGUCGAAACGACGUGACUCUCGCUCAAAGUCUCCCAGAGGCCGUAGACAUCGAAGUAAAAGCCGAUCAAUCAGUCCGUCCAAUCGUGGAAGGCAACGAGAUCCGCGUCUACGCGGCCGACGCUCUAGGUCACCGAAUCGUGGUCCACGAUCACCUCCACGUAGUAGAAAGAGUGGCAGUCGAGAUAGGUAUCGCAGCAGUCGUCGUAAUUGGUCGCCACGGAAGAAAGGUCCGGUGUCACCACCGCCAAUUCAAGCAGUAAAUCCAUUCAAUAUGCCACCGCCGCAAAUCUACUCGGAUGGCUACAAUUAUACGCAACCAUACGCACCACCAGCACCGUAUGCUUCGUACGAUUAUUCAAUGCAGACUCAGGCUCCAUUCAAUUCAUAUCCGAAUGCAGGUGUAAUGCAACCAGUUCCGCCAGGCGAUGACUUUCAACAAUCCGGCUGGGGACAUCCAUCUCAUAUGGCUAUUCCUCCACCAACUUUGGUUAUACCGCCACCGAUCCAAAAGCCCGUCGAAACUGAAGAAGAGAAACUGAAAAGAGAGGCUGCCGUUGCGAAAGAGAAGAAAACUCAACGUGCCACUCUCGGUAAGCAACGUGAAGACUACAAGCGUCGUGCAGCCGCUCUAAAACGUGAAUUGAAUACACUCAAAGAGCAACGUGACGAUUUGACCUCCGGUGGCGAGCCGCCCAGCCCAACAACGAAAGGUUUUAUCAAAGAAAAUGAUCGCCUUCAGUUACAAAUCGACAAUAAGAUCACGUCCAUCGAAAAUGUCAUCGAGGUGCUGACAAAUAUCAUUGGUACCGAGGACACAUCGCCAACGCCGUCGCCACCACCACCACCGACACCGGUCAAAUCGAAAAAGGACAAGAAAAAGAAAUCGAAUGACACUUCGGAUGACGACAGUUCCCCGGAACGGCUGAAGAACAAGGCAUUGGAGAGUUUGAGGAAGAAGAAGGGAAACGAUUUGAAAGUGGCUGAGCUGCGUAAUGACGACGAUAUCAACGCGAUGUCUGUAGACGACAAAUACAAAUGUGCGCAGAAGAUCAACUACGUGCACUACGAUCCACAGAUGCAUUGGUGCAAACAGUGUAACAUAUUCCCUAAAACGGCAAAAGAUUUUCUAAUUCAUUUGCACAGCAAAGAGCAUCAAGACUCGCAAAAGAUUAUCGAACCACCGUGGCAUGAUAAGCAGGUUAACGAUGAAAUGCCAAAUUACCCGGACGCGCCAACUAAACGCACACCGAUACGUGGUUUGCAAUUUUUCGUUCCAACAACUGGAUGGUACUGUACCAUUUGCUCGAUUUGGAUGGGUGAUUUACAUUGCGCCUCGCUGCACCUUAAAUCACAAAGUCACGCAAACAACUACAAUAAUUACACCAAUUCGAAUCCCCAUUUCGAGGUCGAUUGGAUGGGCGAAAGACAUAAAGCCUACGAGGAGGUUCGCCAGAAAACGCCUCUAGCGAUUGCUGAUCGACCAGGUCUACAACAGCAACAAGCACCAAUUGUACCGAUUCCAAUGCCAGUUCCACCACCAAAUCUUACAAUGGAACAAGAAGUCAUCGAAGGUAUCCCGUUGCAAUUGCAAAUUCCAACGACGCAUAAGCUUGACCUGGAUGAAGGUAAGAAGAAGAAGAAGAAAAAGAAGUCGGACGAGAAAAAGGAUAAAAAGAAGAAGAAACGAUCGAAGAAACGCCGUCAAUCAUCGUCGUCGUCGUCCAGCUCCGAUUCGUCCGACAGUGAAGCGAACACACCAGGUGAGAAAAGUCGCGAAGACACAUCACAUUCGAUUCGGGUUGCGAUGCGCAAUUUGCUCAAACAGCAGACCGAGAAGAAAUUGGAAGAAAGCGGUGGCAAGUGGACAGUUGUACAGCAAGCUCAAUUAACCGAACCGGCACCACCGCCACCGACAAUCAGUACGAACGGUGAGAAUGAUAAUCGUCGUGACGAUUUAAUGAUUUCGCAAUGGAAUAAUCCCGAACCCAUCAUCACUGAGGAUGAGAAAAAGUUGCUGGAGCAGUUGAAAGGUCGAUUGAAAGCCAACUCGAAGGAACGUGAAGUUAACGGCCGCAAACGAAGUAAAGAACGUAGCAAGGAACCGAAAGAAAGAAAUCGCAGACGAAGAAGUCGCAGUAGAAGCCAAAGUCGAAGUAAGCGAAGUCGCAGUCGUGAUCGCCGACGAAGCAGGAGCCGUGAGCGAAGAAGAAGUCGUUCCCGUAGUCGCGGACGAUUCCGUAGCCGAUCAAGAAGUACUGGGAGAUGGGGCCGACGAUGGUCUAGGUCACGUUCGCGAUCUCGUGGUGGUCGUGUUGAAAAGCCAAUCGUUCGCUAUCCAGAGUUUAGACCACGCGUUCCCGAAAAGGAGAUAGAGAAAUUGGAUAGAAAGAAGGGAGAGAAGAAGAGAGAUCAAGACGAGCCGAAGAAUGCAAGUUCAAGCAGAACGGAUAAUAAGAAAACCGUCAUUGUUUUGAAAAAUCCAAAUUCCAAUAAGAAGUUGCCGUUCAUCGGACGAAUGCCGGUCUUCAAGAGGCAGACUAACGAAGAGGAAGUAAAGAAAACGGAAACCACUACAGAAUCUGUGGCGAAUCCGAAUUACCAUGCAAAUUACUACGAGGGCAGUGUUCAACAAAUGCCCAUGGAAGAUUAUGAUGAUCUCAUGCCAGAUCCAAUGCAAUUCGUUUCACUAAUGGGCCCUGCUCCUCCACCACCACCAAUGGUUCCUCCGCCACCAUCAACCGUUGACAAAAAUGAGCCUGUUCUACCUCCAGGCAUUGAUGAAGCUGACGCAGACCUGGUACGAAAAACAAUCAGCGAUGCUCCACUGCCACGCAAAGGACCAUUGCCGCAAGAUUUCCAAGACGCACUCAGCAUUAUUUUCGAUCAGAAAACCAUUCCAGAUCCGGAAACCGAUAAAAUCAAUCUGCCCGAACCGAACAUCGAAGCAGAUCAGCAAAUUAUUCCAAUGCAAAUUGUCGACGAACAAUCGCAGCAUACGAUCGACUUGUAUCAGUCAUCGUUCCCACUAACCGGUCUGAAAACCGACGCAGAUUUGUCUUUUGCCGAAGAUGUCGACAUACCGGAUCCGAUGCCAUUAGCUAUUCCGCCACCGCCACCACCUCAUGUGGAAGUUUCGAAAACGAUUGAUAUGGUGGAUGAGGAUCCAAUUGUUGCUGCGAAAAAACUGGAAGAUUCCGCGCUCAUGGAUGACUUAGCGAUGCUGGGUAUUGAUGCGUCCGAUUUGGCAGCGCAGUGCAUUUAGUUUUCAGUGUUUCUUGCUAGCAUCGGGUUCAAUUUGAUUACACACUUGAUUAUUGAUAGUAGGAAUGUAAACCGGCGUAUGUGGAAUGGAAUGGAAAAUUUGUUUAAUUAAAAAUUAUUUUGCUGCAAUCAA